AUGCUUUGUUAUCGUAAACACUCUCUUUUCACAAAAAAGUACCAUAUUUUCAAAAAUGAAAAUGAAAUUCUCUUAGGAGAAAACAUAACUAAAAUAAAAUAUACUAUCAAUCUCACUCCUUAAACUAUCAUUGAUUGGUCAAUUAAUUAAAAAACCAAGUAACUCAAUGGGUUUUGGUUAAUUUGGAAUAACAAAUAGAAGUUAUUCUUGAUGGAUGCAAUGAAUUGUAAUUUGUUUAAACAGUCUCUAAAUGGCAUAGUCACCUACGGAAAAUAUUAAAUUCUUUAUGAGCCAAUAAAUUCUAUAUCGCACAAUACUUUUGGCUAAAUUUAAUAACUUGUAAAAAUGAGAUAUCUUGAUUCUGGGGAUUCCUACAUGUGUAAAACUAUUUAAAAAUCUCUAAAAUAUACUGAUGAAGAUUUCUAUUAUUAAUUCGAAAUCCUUAAAUAAUUAGAUCAUUCGAAAAUCUUAAAAUUGAAAGAAGUUUAUAAUACUAACAAUUAGUAUCAUUUUGUUUUCAACUAUCCAGAAGGAGGUUCCUUGGUUGAUCUGAUCAAGUCAAAAUAAUUACCAUUCCAAGAAGUGAAAUUAAUAAUUGAAUAAUUGAUGUCAACCGUCUCCUAUAUUCAUUCAAAAGGUUAUGUUCAUAGAAACUUAAAACCAGAACAUAUAUACUUUUAGGAACCGAACAACCUUGAAACUCUCGUCAUUUCAGAGUUUGAAUUGGGAUGCAGAUCAAUAGAUUUUCAGAAUAAACGUCUAACUUACAGAGUUCAUGGUUAUUCUGCACCCGAAAUUAAGUAGGAUAUAGUUACAUAAAAAUCUGAUAUUUUUAGUUGCGGUGUCAUCUUAUACAAAAUUAUAACUAGAAAAGAUUUAUUUGAUCAUGAAUCUAAUACAUAUGAUGAAAAAAUGAUGUUGCAUUUGAUCAAUUAAUCAGACAUCGAUAUCUAAUACUAGAACUUACUUAGAAUGAUGCUUCAAUUCAAUCCUGAAUUAAGGGCGACUGCAGAUCAGUGUCUAAACAUAAUUCAUCAACUAUCAUAAAGAACUCCUUAUUUCUCUCGUUCUCUCGAUAAGACCCAUAUAGAUACCAAUAGCAUUAACAAUGAAAUAAUUUCAAUUAAUUUGAUUGAGGAUUAAGAUGAACUUUCCGAAAAUCAGGAAUUUAUUUAAGGGUUACCCACCAUUCAAAUUAAUAGGAGAACAGAAAUGUUUUAUUGA